UGAAACGCCACGCGAGUAAGAGUGCUGGUGAUUAAUUAUUCAUUUGAACAAUGGCCGGAAUGAUAACGUCUGUCAAAGCAAAGUGAGAAAAAUGUAUUUUGGAUUUAAAUAUGUUUAAAAUUCUUGUUGUACAUCAUAUUUUCAUAGGCAACCUCCCAAAAAUUCCAAAACCCCGGAUAGAAUAUCCGGCAUUCACAAUGGCAUUCGUGGAACCGAAUACCAACUGUGUGUGACGAUGUACAUUUUGCUGCGCGCUUAUAACAGCUACCCUGAACGUAGGCAAGAUUUCAGGCUUCGGAUGGAACCCACGGAUCCGAUAGUUGGCGAAUUUGACGAUAUUUGGCUGGAGAUAAACGGUGAACAGAUUUUAAUACAGGUUAAGCAUUGCUCAGACGGUAGCAAUCUGACCGAGGGUAUGCUUCUACCGAAUAAGCGUAGCUCCGAUGAACCAUUUUCACUGUACAAAUAUUGUGAUUCUUUUGAAGAGUGUCGAAAGAUGCAAAUAGCUCGGUACAGGACAGCUGAAAAAUGGACCUACGUGUUUUUGACCAACAAACCGUUGCAAGUUAAAGCGAGAUUUUUUUUUGAAAGGUGUUCAAAUCAGUCUUUACUUGAAAGUAUCUUAGAAACCGGUGAGUUCUUAAAGAUCUGGAAUGACCAAAAAAAAGGAAUGUUUUAUGAAGCUGGACUCCUCUGAAGAUUUUUGCGACAAUUUCAUACUUUCUGUGGCGCAUCUGAAUCUUAAUAAUUUGUGCAAGAAGAUUGAAGCUGAAAUUAGGAAAACCAAGCAAAUGGACUCUAAACUUGGGAUCAAAUUUCUAAGAGACGAGCUUUUUGAUUGGGUCUGUGUUAAGGAAAAUCGAAAACACAAAUAUAUUAAUCGAGAAUGGGUUGAAUCAAUGUUUCAAAAGUUUCACACCGAGCACGCAAAAGAUCACUGGAAGGCAUACGAAAACCCAGUUCUCUCAACUAUAAAGGAAUCAUUGCAAGAGUUUUUGUAUCGGGAUAACCAGAUAGGAGCAAUAGACGAAACUGCUAAACUUUUGUACGAAAAAAUAAAAUACAUUCUCACAACAGGUCAAACAGAGAACACACAGAAAUGUGAUGAAAAUAAGUUGACAGCAAUAGAUAGAGAGGAUGAUGUUGACCAGGACGUUCCAGAAAAAUUAUCAACAAUCAAACAAAUAUUUACGUUGCGACAAAUUCUACAAAUAAGUCGAGAAUUUCAGGCAACAGAUACACAUCAUCUAUUCAUCUACUUCAAAGUUGAUUACGAAACAGCGAAGCUUAAUGAAUUAAUGGACCUAAUAGACGCAAAUGAUUCCUCAACUAAAACUCUUGGGAAAAACAACUCAUCUGUCAUGUUAAAUUUGGCAGUACAAUGUGUUUUGAAACGAGCGGAAUUCAACAUGGAGGGCACAGUUUUUGAAACUUCCCGGUUGGUUCUCUGCCACGACAAAGAAGUAGAUAUAACCGGAAAAACAAUCCAAGAUGUUGAAAUUCAAUACGUUAGACUGAGAGCAGAAGCCGAAAAAGUUGGUCUGAUUCUUGAUGCAUCGAAAACGAAGUACAUGUUAGCCAAUGGGAAACUACCGCAAAGUGGCUCGGUGACCAUAGCGAGUGAUAAGAUCGAAAUGGUGAAAGAGGUAGAAUUCCUCGGAUCAUUAGUGACAUGGGACAACAGCUGCAACAUAGAAAUCGAGAGAUGUAUUAAAGUCGGAAAACGCACUUUCGAAGAUCUUGAGGAGAUGCUAGAAUCAGAGCAAGAUAUUCUCAAGAAAUGGAGGAUAUACGACGAGCAAAUACGAUCCAGAGUCCUUGAAGGGUGUGAGACGUGGACAGUGCUUGCAAGUGAAGAAACCAAGCUAAAGAAAUUUGAAGACGAAAUGGCAAAAGCAAUAUUCGACGGUGAGAAGCAACCAGACACCUGCACCAGACCUAUCAUGAGUGUUGUAACUGCUAGACAAGUACGGUGGGCGGGACAGGUCGCCGGGAUGUCGAACGAUGAACCCGCGAAAAAAGUGGUCAUCGAAGCCAGCUUUCCUGCCGUGAACAAUAAAAGACGCAGAGGUAAACCGAAAAUGCGAUGGUUCGAGGCGAUCAAUGAUCGUAGAAAAGAACCAGAUCUAUGGGACGCUUGGGAGCUAGCAGAGGAGGAGCUCAAAACGGGCGCCCCCACGAGUAACCAAGGCGCAAUGCAAACCAUUUUGGGAUGGUGGAAUCAGGUCUCUUCACUUUUAAGUGCCCCAGAAGAAGAGUAAAACAGACACUUACAAGACUAAGAGAGCACAAGCUUGGGUAAUUUUAUUUGAUUCUGUGAGCCCUUGAAGUUUGUAUGAGGAAAAUUAGUUGCAAAGCAACAAAAAAAGCGACAACCAUCGAGAGUCAACUUACAAGAUUCCGCGAUAUGGGCAAUGGACCUCGUCAAUGUAUUGGUUCGUAUAGCACGCGACUUCACCAAGUGAUUAGGAUCUCCACAGAAGACUUUUAAGUCGUUGAUACAUAAAGCAAUAUGGACUUAGGAAUAUUAAAAUGAUGUGAUAGUUUUGUACGAAACUUGCUGUUUUAAACCUCAAUGAUAAAAAGGUGAUAGAGGAAAGGGAUGAGUUAUAAAUGUCUCAGCUUACAGACAAGAAAGUGUAUUGUUUUGUCUUACAUAAUAUCUAUUAUUAAAAUGAAGAUGGAGUUUAUUAUCUUAAGAAGAGCCUAAAUAAAUUUAUAAAGUUGUUUAAAUAUAUGUUUUAAUGUAAAGCAAAAGCGAAAUUCAUAUCGUCUAACAAAUAGAUAACCAGACGCCAAAACCGUCUGCGUGCGUUUCGAUUAACCAUGAUAUAGAAAGGACUUAUUAUCUCUUAUAGUAUAGCAGAG